ACGGGUUCUCCUUCUUUCAUCCCCUCCUGCAAUCUCCCAAGCGAUCUCAAAUUCCGGCGAAACCCUAAUUCCCAAAUGAAGAGGGCUUCCGACGAUGUUCUCGACAAGAUCGACGGUCCUAAGAAGCCAGUAUUCCUCACCAAGGAGGAGCGUCAGAAGCUCGCUCUCCAACGCCGCCAGGAAGAAGUAGACCAGCAGAGGCGCCGCGCCGAGCUUCUUCUCCAAGCCAACAACGGCGGCCAUGAUUCCAAGCCUGCAUCCUCGGCCGACAGAGAUCGCGACCGCGACAGAGAUCGAGAGAGAGACCGCGACCGCGACCGUGACCGCGACCGCGACAGUGACCGUCGGAACCGAGAAAGGGAGCGCGAGCGGGAAAGAGAACGCGAACGGGAACGCGAGCGCGAGCGCGAUUCGGAGCGUCGGAACCGUGAGAAAGAGCGCGAUGAUGAGCAGAAGGCACGGGAGCGUGCUCGUCUGGAGAAAUUAGCAGAGAGGGAGCGUGAAAUUGAACUGGCUGCCAUAAAGGAACAGUACUUAGGUUCGAAAAAACCUAAGAAAAGGGUAAUUAAGCCUAGUGAGAAGUUCCGAUUCUCGUUCGAUUGGGAGAACACGGAGGACACCUCUCGGGACAUGAAUUCCCUCUACCAAAACCCUCACGAAGCUCGACCUCUCUUCGGCCGUGGCUUCCGCGCCGGGAUGGACCGGAGGGAGCAGAAAAAGCUUGCAGCGAAGAACGAGAAGGAGCUGAGGGACGAGAUUCGCAAGAAGGAAGGCGUUGAGGAGACUCGUGAGGAAGCUGCUGCUCAGAAGAAGAAGGAACUGGCUGCAGAUUUGUAUGAUACCUUUGAUAUGAGGGUGGAUCGCCAUUGGUCUGAUAAGAAGCUUGAGGAGAUGACCGAGAGAGACUGGAGAAUUUUCCGGGAAGAUUUCAACAUUUCCUACAAGGGUUCGAGGAUUCCUCGGCCUAUGAGGGGCUGGACGGAGAGCAAGUUGAGUCCGGAGUUGCUGAAAGCGGUGGAAAGGGCAGGAUACAAGACUCCAUCUCCCAUUCAAAUGGCUGCCAUUCCGCUUGGCCUGCAGCAGCGUGAUGUGAUCGGCAUUGCUGAGACAGGUUCAGGGAAGACGGCUGCUUUUGUUCUGCCUAUGUUGACGUAUAUCACUAGACUUCCACCCAUCAGCGAGGAGAAUGAAGCGGAGGGACCUUAUGCUGUUGUGAUGGCGCCGACGAGAGAAUUGGCUCAGCAGAUUGAGGACGAGACUGUAAAAUUUGCACAUUAUUUGGGGAUAAAAGUGGUUUCGAUUGUGGGUGGUCAAUCGAUAGAGGAGCAGGGGUUUAGGAUUAGGCAGGGAUGUGAGGUUGUGAUAGCCACUCCCGGACGUCUUCUUGAUUGUUUGGAAAGGCGGUAUGCAGUUCUGAACCAGUGCAAUUAUGUUGUUCUUGAUGAGGCUGAUCGUAUGAUUGACAUGGGUUUUGAACCGCAAGUAGUAGGCGUAUUGGAUGCCAUGCCUUCGAGUAACUUGAAACCCGAGAACGAAGACGAAGAGCUUGAUGAGAAAAGGAUUUACCGAACCACUUAUAUGUUCAGCGCUACGAUGCCGCCUGCGGUAGAGCGGCUCGCUCGCAAGUACUUGAGAAAUCCUGUUGUAGUCAACAUUGGUACCGCUGGGAAGGCGACUGACCUCAUCACCCAACAUGUCAUGAUGAUGAAGGAGAACGACAAGAUGGACAGAUUGAAAAGAUUGCUUGAUGAUCUUGGAGAUAAGACGGCCAUCGUGUUUGUGAACACAAAGAAGGUUGCGGACAACGUUGCUAAAACAUUGGACAAGGAGGGAUAUCGGGUGACCACAUUGCAUGGUGGCAAGUCCCAAGAACAGAGAGAAAUAAGCCUCGAAGGAUUUAGGACCAAAAGAUAUAAUGUUUUGGUUGCUACUGAUGUAGCUGGACGUGGUAUCGAUAUACCGGAUGUGGCCCAUGUCAUAAACUAUGAUAUGCCCGGAAAUAUUGAAGCUUACACUCACCGUAUUGGAAGAACAGGUCGUGCUGGGAAGACUGGUGUGGCAACGACAUUCCUGACUCUGCAUGAUACAGAAGUUUUCUAUGAUCUGAAGCAAAUGCUUCUUCAAAGCAACAGCCCUGUUCCUCCUGAGCUUGCGAGGCACGAGGCGUCUAAGUUUAAGCCGGGGUCGAUUCCUGAUAGACCACCCAGGCGUAACGACACAGUGUUUGCUCAUUGACGGACAAGCAUCCUAUCCUAUGGCAUGGCAGGUAUAGGAAGGGAGUGUUAUGUAUAAUCAAUCAGUUGAUGCCUUUUGAGCUUGCAUCAAUGAGUUUAUGAAUGAUUUCUAACUCGACCUGAAUACCAUCAAGAUGUUUUAACUAUCAUUAAUUAUAUGUUUUCGAGUUUAUGAUUAAAUUAGUCUCUCUCUCUCUCUUUUGUUUUGUGUUUGUGUUUUGUUCUACACAAAGACUAGACUAGACUAGACUUCCGAGGAGGCUAAGUAAGUAGUAAGUUUGAAGUUUGAAGUUUGGAUGGGAUUCAAUGCGGUUAGUUAGUUGUAGUUGUACUUAGUCUUCCUCAAUGUGUGUUUUUCUUAUUUUAAGAAAGCCUCUCCUCUCCUCUCCUCUCCUCUGCUUGGUGGUUUAAGAAUUAGCAAGAUUUUGAUAUGUUGCUGCUGGUGUUUGUGGUUUAUGUGUAGUAGUGUAUUGGAUUUAAAAUAUGGAAUUAUACAUUGGCUUAUGGGAUUGAUGUCUA